CGCAGUCUUCUCCUCUGAGGACCAAAGUCACAGACUUCCUCGCCCCAGUCCAAAUAAAUAUAUAAAAUUUGAUUAAAAAGGAGAGACCAUAUACAUUAAAUAAAUACAAAAAAACACCAGAAACCCUAGACUCUCUUCAUUCAUCUCCUCAAACCCUUAUCGUUUCAAAUCAUUCUCACCAGAAAACAGAGUCUUUUUACAGGUAAGCCUUCACUAAUUCGUUGCAUUGGGUUCUAUUCAAUUUGUAUUUGUCUUUUCGCAUUGGUUUGGACAAAGAAAUUCAAACAUUAAACAGGAAGAUUGAUAAAGAAAAGAAAAGGUUAAAAGCCUUGGAUUGAAAUUCUUUGGGGACGAGUGAUCAAAGGCUGAAGUUUUAGGGUUUAGGGUUUAGCGUUUCUAAAGACUCUUAAUGGAUGAUCUCGAGAAAGCAAUAUUAAUUAGUUUUGACGAAUCUGGAAGCGUUGAUUCUGGGCUAAAAUCACAAGCUGUUGCCUUUUGUCAGCAAAUUAAGGAGUCCCCCUCACUUUGUAGCAUAUGUAUAGAGCGUUUGUGUUUUAGUAAACUAGUUCAAGUUCAGUUUUGGUGUUUGCAAUGCCUGCACGGUGCCCUUCAGGUUCGAUACUCAUCAAUGAGCCUUGAAGAGAAGUCUUUUAUUCGAAAAUCGGUGUUUUCCAUGGCUUGUUAUGAGACUAUUGAUGAUAAGAACUCAGUUAGGGUUUUGGAGGGUCCAGCAUUUAUUAAGAAUAAGCUUGCUCAGGUAGUUGUUAGUCUAAUUUAUUUCGAGUACCCCUUGAUUUGGGCUUCAGUAUUUAUCGAUUAUUUGCCAAAUCUUAGGAAAGGGCCAGUGGUUAUUGAUAUGUUUUGUCGCGUUUUAAAUGCACUGGAUGAUGAAUUAAUUAGUAUGGACUAUCCGCGUAGUUCGGAUGAGGUGGCUGUUGCGGGGCGUAUCAAGGAUGCCAUGAGGCAGCAGUGUAUACCGCAGAUUGUUAGGGUGUGGUAUGACAUUGUGUCAAUGUACAGGGCUUCGGAUCCUGACUUGUGUAUUAGCGCUUUAGAUUGUAUUCGGAGAUAUGUUACUUGGAUUGACAUCGGGCUGAUAGCAAAUGAUGCCUUUCUUCAAUUGUUGUUUGAAUUAAUUCUGUCUAAUGGAUUGUCGGAUCAAGUCCGUGGAGCUUCUGCCUCUUGUGUUAUUGCAGUUGUUUCUAAGCGUAUGGAUCCAAAAUCCAAGCUUAACCUUUUGCAGAGCUUACACAUGAGUAGGGUUUUUGGUUUGGUAGCUACAGAGGAUAAUGACUCUGAUUUGGUUUCUAGAGUUGCUUCUUUGCUGACCGGGUAUGCCACUGAGGUCUUGGAAUGUUCUAAGCGGUUGAACUCUGAGGAUGGUAAGGGCAUCUCAGUGGAGAUUUUAAAUGAGGUUAUGCCUUCUGUUUUCUAUGUAAUGCAGAAUUGUGAGGUAGAUGCAACUUUCAGCAUCCUGCAGUUUCUUUCUGGCUAUGUUGGCACAAUGAAGAACCUAUCUUUGCUGACAAACGCUCAGCUUCUUCAUGUGGGUCAGAUGCUGGAAGUAAUUCGUGUUCAUAUGUGUUUUGAUCCUGUUUAUCGUAAUAAUCUUGAUAUAUGGGACAAAAUUGGGAGGGAAGAGGAAGACAGGAUGAUGGAAUUUAGAAAAGAUCUACUUGUGCUGCUGCGUAGUAUAGGACGUGUAGCACCUGAUGUGACUCAGGUUUUUAUUAGGAACUCAAUUGCUGGUGCUGUUGCAUCUCCUGACGAAAGAAAUGUUGAAGAGGUAGAAGCUGCACUUUCACUGUUUUAUGCUCUAGGUGAAUCAUUGACUGAUGAGAUGAUCAGAACUGGAAGUGGUCUUUUGAGAGAACUGGUGCCGAUGCUUUUAUCUACAAGGUUUCCUUGCCAUUCUAAUCGGCUUGUCGCCCUUGUGUAUUUGGAAACCAUAACUAGGUAUUUGAAGUUUGUUCAGGAAAAUACACAGUAUAUACCUUUGGUGUUGGGUGCCUUUCUUGAUGAAAGAGGCAUACACCAUCCAAAUAUAAAUGUAGGUCGCAGGGCUAGUUACCUUUUCAUGAGGGUUGUGAAAUUGCUGAAAGCAAAACUUUUGCCCUACAUUGAGACAAUAUUGCAGAGUCUGCAAGACAAAGUUGCUCAGUUUACGAGCAUGGGCUUUGCAUCCACAGAACUCUCAUCAUGUGAAGAUGGAAGUCACAUUUUUGAGGCAAUCGGCUUAUUAAUCGGAAUGGAAGAAGUACCAUUGGGAAAGCAAUCUGACUAUCUUUCUGCUUUGCUCACUCCUCUUUGUCACCAGGUAGAGGAGGCUCUCUUGAAUGCUAAAGUUCGAAAUGAAGAAGAAUCUCCGACGAAGAUUGCAAUUAUUCAACAGAUAAUUAUGGCCAUUAAUGCCCUCAGCAAGGGCUUCAGCGAGCGUCUUGUAACUGCUAGUCGCCCUGGGAUUGGCGCAAUGUUCAAGCAGACUUUGGAUGUUCUUCUGCAAAUUCUUGUUGUAUUUCCAAAAACAGAGCCCCUGCGGAGCAAGGUUACAUCAUUCAUUCAUCGCAUGGUGGACACCUUAGGAUCAUCUGUAUUCCCUUAUCUUCCAAAGGCUUUGGAACAGUUGCUUGCUGAAAGCGAGCCAAAAGAACUUUUAGGCUUUAUGCUUUUGCUGAAUCAGCUCAUAUGCAAAUUCAACACUGCAGUUGGGGACAUAAUGGAUGAAGUUUACCCUGCUAUUGCUGGUAGGGUGUUUAAUAUUCUUCCAAGGGAGCCCCUUUCAUUAGGACCUGGUGGAAAUAAUGAGGAAAUCCGUGAAUUACAGGAGCUUCAGCGAACAUUUUAUACAUUGCUUCACGUGAUUGCUACACAUGAUCUAUCAUCAGUGUUCCUUUCCCCUAAAAGUAGGGUCUAUCUGGACCCAAUGAUGCAAUUGCUAUUAUCUACCUCGUGUGGCCACAAGGAUAUCCUUGUCAGAAAGGCAUGUGUGCAAAUAUUUAUCAGACUAAUUAAAGAUUGGAGUGCCAGACCAUAUGGUGAAGAAAAGGUACCUGGUUUCAAGAAGUUUGUAAUUGAGGCAUUUGCAAUAAACUGUUGUUUGUACAGUGUGCUUGACAAAUCCUUUGAGUUCCGUGAUGCAAAUACUCUUAUUCUUUUUGGUGAGAUAGUAUUGGCUCAGAAGGUUAUGUAUGAGAAAUAUGGCAAUGAUUUCCUUGUCCAUUUUGUAUCAAAAGGGUUCCCAGCUGCCCAUUGCCCUCAAGAUUUGGCUCAGCAGUAUUGUCAAAAGUUGCAGGGUAAUGACAUCAAGGCUCUGAAAUCAUUUUACCAGACAGUGAUUGAGAAUUUGAGAGUCCAACAUAAUGGCAGCUUGGUCUUUAGAUAACAUUGCCAUCAAAUUACAAAUCUAUCGGCGUAUCCUCACUACACGCUUCCUAUUGUUGGAUGCAGUACUUCUGGUCCAAGAUAACCGACCAGAGGGUUCUUUUGUUGUAAAUAUGAUUUGUUUGCCGUUCAUAAAACGCGAGGUGUAAAUUUUGAGGAGAGAGAGAGAAACGUUAUUAUUGCUUCCCAGUGCUGAGUGUAUGAAGCAACAGUCAGCAGCAGUAUUUUGUUUGUGCAUCAGUUUUGACAGUUCCCUGAUAAGAUCGAGAGACUUGCCCCGGGUGUUUACAUCUGAAGGAUUUUUGCAGCUGCUCUAAGAUGUAAAAGAAACUAAAUUGUGGUAUAGAAAGAGAAAUUUUUUGUUGUUGUUUUUUUUUUUUUGGAGCAUUGGGGAGGGAUGUUAAGGGAUUCACAUUUGUUGGUCAAUGGAUUAGCCUCCGACUUUUGGAUUUGCAGGUGAUUCUCACAGUACAUAUUUGAGAUGUCUAUUGGCGUGUUCGGUUGCUCUUUCUGCCUUGAGUUA